AUGCAUGACGCAGGCCAUUUGCGGGUAGGAGGAAAGGAAGAACUUCAAGAUGAUUCGAAUGCGGGUGCUCCGUCAGGUGCUCGUCCUACUGCACCUUUGGAACGCGACGCCGUCGCAGCGGUGAAUGCCGAGGCGACAAGCGUAUUGCAAGCAGCUAGGCAGGCGGGAAACGACGAGGACGAUCACACGCAGGAAAUUGAUGCUGCAGAGUUAAGGAGCUUGCGAGCGCGGGCACGUGCCUCAUCCAGUUCACCCGGGGAAACCUCAGAUGGUAAAAGGCCACGGGCUGCGGCUCCAGGAGCUCCGAAAUCAGAACCUGUGGCAGAUAGUCCCCGCGCCAGCGAUCGAGUGUUGCUUCAAGACGAGAAGCAGAUGCAUCCAGUUGAAGCUGCUGUCUCCGCAGUUAUCGCUGCUGCUGCUGUUGCAAAGUCAGAGCCUGAACAGGAGGCUCAUCCAAAAAUGAGUCGGGAAAGCGGCCGCGCCUCUUCUCUACUGUCUGUGCUAUUGUCUGCUGUCCUGAGGCAACUUCUGCCGUGGGUGCUGCCCUCUGCACUUCAGGGUGCGUCGGCGGCAGAUGUAAAAGUAAGUAUAUCAAAGAAGCAGCUGACGUUAAGCGGAGUGUCGCUGCAGCCACAGGAGCUAACAGCCCUUACCGGAGCCCCUUUGCACCUGCUUCACUGUAGCAUAGGGGAAUUACAGUUGCAGCUGGGGAGGCAAGAGAAGGGUGGUGCUGUGGUAACUGACCCCCGUGCUAAUGUGGCUGCGUCCGCCCUCGGCCGCAAGCUACAUGGCGAUCAGAUAUUCGAAGAGGAUGCCGCCUCUCCUCCAAAACCAGCAGUUGCAGUAGAUGAAGCGGCAAAAUCUGUGGCUAGGGAGGAAUUAUUGUCCCUGUUGCUUUCGGUGAAGGAUGUGAUUGUGGUGUUGGUGCCCACGAGUCCCCACGAAUGGUCAAGGCAGCAGCUGCUGGAGCUGGCUCUGCAAAGGCGGCGGUCGUUGCUCUACAACAUGGACAGCGAGCUCCAGCAGAAGCAGCUGCAGACGUGUAGUGGUUUUUCCCCGUGUCUAUCCAGCCUCAUAUCACAUUGGAUAGAUCGUAACAUACAGUGGGCCUCUCUAAACCUUACAAAUUUGCACCUCCGCAUAGAGUUUCUUUUGCCCCACUGCAGUGGCAGCGGCAGCGCACCUUUUGCGUUUGGGAUGCACCUUGAAGAGUUGCGCUUGCGCACCCUUCCAUCUGGGGAAUCUAAAGAUUCACGUCCGCGUGCAGCACGUGGAGAUCCGCAAGAAGGCAAUAAUCCAGAGACUGCGGCGUCAUCGCCUCACCAGGCUACUGGGGCCACUGCUGAGCCAUUGCCCCGCAACGGCACCAGUGGGAAGUGCGGCAGCAACACCCAAGAAAACGUUUGCAGUGAAUUUGCUAUUAGGGGCUGUUCGAUGUACACCCAGAACGAGGUGCUACUACUGGCACCACACACUUGCUCUGUAGCAGAGAAUACCGAAAGGCUCUGCGCAGUGCUUGCAGAACAGCAGCAUCAACGCGGCUAUUCAAGCUCACAGCAAGCAGACGAAGAACAACCACAGCCUGACGAGAGGCAUCAGGUUCAGAUGCAUUGCCAUAUGCCGGCAACGAUGUGCCGUAAACAGCAACAGUCACGUACAACGGCCUGCAGGUGCAGGUGUCUUCUUGCUCCCGUAGGGAUGCAUGGCUUUCUUAGGAAGAACGUUAUGAUCGCGUGUAGCGAGGAGAACGGUGACAGAAGAAGGUCAGGAGUGGCUUUGCGGCAAGGAGAUAGUAGCUGCGAUAGUGCCUCCGCAUUCCCCAAUGCUAAUGAAGAAACCUCAUCUGCAGAUCCUGCUUAUGUUGUUUCAGUUGAAUCCGACAGCCUCGAAGUGAUUCUUUGCCCAGAAGUCGUACGAAGCCUCCGAUGGCUGACAGCCAACCUUGAGCUGCAUCGCAAGGGUGUGGACGCGGCUGAGUCAAUCCUUAGCCUAGUCAGGCCCUUUGUGCCCUCUUGCACAGUUCUUGGAAAUCCGAGGAUUUGGUGGCGCUUCGCAAUCCGUGCAAUAUGCCGCCUGCAGCGCGGCAGACACAGGAGCGCAUGCACGAACAGCAACUACUUUGCUAUGGGUGCACAGUUUGAUAUCUGCGGGGAUGGGCUGCCUGUAGAGGAGAUUCUAAAGCUACGGCUCUGCACUGAGAAAGCUGCGGCGUACCGUCGCCUACGACUGCUGCAGCUGCAAGGCAAGCUGACCCAGCAGCAACUCGACCAACUGCUUCGCCUUAGGGAUUUGAUUCCGCUUCCUCAGUUGUUGCAAGCUCAUGCGGCUUCAAUGCAAGACUUCAUGGACCAGCAGAGAAAGACAGCAGCAGCAAGAACUGCUAGGAUGUGGCCGCACUGGUUCCCUGUGUGGAAAAAAGGUUCGCCCGAGCAGGGAUUUAGGACGGGAAUAGAAACACGAACUACCGGAGAGGUCAAUGCAGCAGCUGGGGCUGAUCACAAAAGCUAUGGUUUUCGAUCGCCUGUACCUCCCCUUUCGCUGCAGAGUGUUAUAGAUCAGCACAGGACUGAGCGGCAAAUCCACCAGGAAUCGAGGCAGCAGACACCACAGAAUGGGGGGCACCAGCAGCGGUUGCAAAAAGAACGACAGGGAGUUUAUCCGGAAGGGGAAGAAUGUCUAAGUGACCUUGAUGACUUCUUCGAUGCCUGCUCUCAGCCUGCGACUGCGCGCCUAGGUAGCAGCGGGCGGCUCCGCGCAGGGUCUAAAGAAGGCUCUACGCCUGCGCUGAUGCUUGCAACUUCGAAGCCAACUCAGCAACAAAUGCAAACACAUGACGGCAAACCACCAGCAGAAGAGCCUCCUCCUUUGCCUUCCGAAAUGGCUGCUUUGGAGGGUGUGUGCACUGGUGAAGCACCAUCUCAGGGGGGCAGUGAGAGUGGAGCAGUGGCGGCCCCACGUGCUGCUGUAGGUCCAGCCGCCACAAAGAGCAGCAUUGAGAACACCCUAGAAAGCGGGGACGACUUGUCUGAAGGUGGUGAUAUCUUCUACGAUUGCUUGGACCUCCAAACUCCCCGUUCCACAACACUGGCUUCUCGUGACGGUGGUGCACCAACGGAUACUUCAAAGGCGCCCAUAACUCCAUUAAGUACGAUUCAAAACUCAUUGCUACUACCCGCUACUCCGAAGGGAGUCGCGCACACGAUGUCAAUCUCUAUAGUGCUGCGUUCCGCUUCUUUCUCGUGCGGUGUGGAUGAGGUGAAGUAUUCCCAGGCUGAGUCCCAGCCAGAACGGCGGAACUCUUCGCAGAAGCAGCAGCAAGGAAGACAGCAGGCAGUGGGUAGCAUUAUUUUGGGCCGUGUAGGCCCUGUUCGUGUGAGUGGUACGAUAGGCACAGAGACGUUUCAGGGCAGCGUCUCUGUAGACAGCUUGGACGUCAGUUUCAACAAGUGGGGCCUUCACUGUGAACAGAAAUUGGUUUUUAUGGACCGUGACACCGGAAAUAAGCCACUCCUCUCCUUGCGGGUUUCUCAAGACUCCGUCAAUGCACCGCCUGCUGCGAUCGUGGUUGACGGCGGUUGCUCCCAGGAGUCGGAACCUAGCACCUGUUUUAGGGACGGUGGCAAGGAAGGUUCCGAACAAUCCUACCUUACUGUGUCGCUGAAAGUGCUUCGAGUGAUUUGCAUUAUCGACCCAUGUGCACUGAAGGAGACUGCAACCCUCAGAAAAGGAUUCAGUAGCGCCGCGGCUGCUGGAGAACGAGUAGCGACUGAGGCAUCGCAGCAGUGCAGCCUUCUGCAGCUGCGUCGAUGCACUAUGCCAGAUCACCAACCCAUCACGAACGUUCGGGCUGGCAGCGUUUGGGUUGAAUCCACAACAGGUAAUACUGGGUUGCAUCGGCAGUUGCUGCACCUCUCUCCUAAGCGCCAGCAGCAACUUCGUGACGGGGCAUCUGUGCGGUACGCGGUUGUCGUGGAGGCUCCAACGCUUAUUGUCCCCGCUUCAGAAGGGCGGGCAAUUUUGUGCCAUCUAGGCGAACUGCGAGAGAAGUGCACCCACCUCUUUAAGGCAAGACAAUCGCCUGCAGCUGUAGCUGAAGUAGGAGGGGUGGGCAGUGCUGCAGUCCACACUCAUCUGUUGCGGCAUCUCAGCCUUCGUUCUCACCAUGCCCUGCUACUGAGAGAUUCUCACAUGCUGCUUCACAAUGAUCUCGAUAAGCUAAAAAGGGAGCUGACCUUACCGCAAGGUGCUUGCCGGGAAUACAUGAGCAGCAAUGACUUCAGCCAAUGUACCUAUCAAAGCGGACAUUGGAGGGACAUGCGUCAAUUGAAGCCCAUACUUCAGCCGCAGGAACAGAUGAGAGAUGCUGAAUCAUGUAGCAUGGGAAAGGAGGAUGGGGAGAACUCAACCGGCAACCAAAGGUCUACUGGACGCAUCCCUACCACCUGGGGCACAUGGGGCUCCGUGCAGCCUGUCGUUUUCCCCUCAGAGCUUGUGGCCGCAUUUGAGGUGGAGCAUGUUGACAUUUUGGACCCAAGAUUGGUUUUUCUGCCUUCCAAACUGCCCUUCGCUGUCGACUCCCUAAAGGCUGCCCUCUUAUGUAGUGAAAUCACUGCUGCUACGGCAGGAUGCCCUAGCUUUGCCAGUGCCUGCAGAGCUCCCACAGGACCCAGUAGCCAGAACGAAGGCGGGGCUAACGGUGGUAAGACAAGCGAAACGGAUGGAGGCUGCAGCAGAAUUCCACUGUACGUUGAGGCGUCUCUCGAGUGGGAGGAACUGGGCAUUUAUUUACAUCACCUUGACGACAGCACAGAGGGGCAGGAACGAAUAGACAGAAAGACCGCAUCUUUCAGCGGAUUAGCUCAAGAAACAGUCAAUGCGGAAGAUGCUUUGCAUCUGCAUGCCAAGCAGGUCUCUGCACACUUUAAUAAUAGGAACUGCGGGACUGUUUGCAGACUGGAGAUGAAGCAGUUGCUUCUGGAACAACCGUCUCUCCCAGAGGGGAGCGUCAACCGUUAUAUCGUGCGUGUUCCCCCCUUAGAUCAUUUUUCGGCUUCUAAAUAUGUUGCUUCAGAGUUUCCUGGGGGGGCCAGCAUACAGCUGGUAUUCACUAGCGGAACCUGCAGCGCAUCUGGAGCCAACGCUGCCUCCAUUACUACGUUUGUUCACGUUCUGCGGCCGAUGACCCUCAACUUUCGUCCGACGCCUCUCAUCUGGGCUGUGAACUUUUUAAAAGAGCCAUUUGGGAGCUGCGUUAGCAGUGGUGGCAGGAACACCGCCGGUAACAAGAGUGGAACUUGCACUGACGGUGAAAGCAGCAGCAGUCUUUACGAAGCCCACAGCCAGCGCAAGAAGAUCAGUGGGGAUGCGCCACAGUUAGAGGCUAGAGCGGAGGCUGCUUUGAAAACAGGCAAGCUUGAAUUAGAUCCAACUACGCCUCCACAUGCGGGAGAGGUUUCAGCAGAGGCAUCGGGUUCAUGGGUUCAGGGUGACCCGGUUCUGCGGGAGGUCCGCGUAGACUUGCAGACAGUGGAUUUUCUUUGGAGCACCCGUGGCAGUGACAGACCUCUGGCAACGGCAUCUGUCUCAGCAGCUUCCGUCAGCCUUCAGCUGCGCCGUUACUCAACCAAGAUUACAGGCAGUGUAAAAGACCUGAAGCUACAUUUCGUCACCUCCAGUAUGCGGUCAGUGAAGACUGCCAUCCGCAGUUCAGGCUGCAGAAGGGAAUGCCGAGCUCAAGUCCAACUCAAGCAGGCGCCGUGGGAGGUGCCUCUUGAACUAUGCGCCGACAAACACCUUGUACAUAAUCGAUUAACCAAGACAGCGAUACUGCAAACAACAGAGAUAAUUGGGCUGGUUCCUGGCAGAAGCUACGUCGUAAGCUUUUCACUAGAGUCGGUGCAUCCGCUGUCACCACAGUUUUGUGGGCUCAGCUCUAAUCUGAAGGUGGAUGUGGGGACGUGCCGUGUUGUUUAUAUACAUCCCAAGUUUUGGAGGCUCUUUGACUGGAUGAUCGAUGACUUUAUUGGUACUUUGACUUCUUCCCAGUCUUCUGCAGUUUCUCCUCCACAAAAAGCGAGGUUGGGGAGCAUAUCUGCUUCCCAGGAGGUUCCGACAAAGCGCAUUGAGCGUUCACCUUCGCUUGAGGAUCUAGCCAUCCGUAGCGUCCUGCAGUCAGCUGCAUCAGUUGCAAUGCCUACUUCUCCACCUUCAGUACACAGCAAUGAGAGAGAAUUCACGAGUGAAGGUUUAGUCCACAGAUCCUCCAAGAAGCAGCCUCUUUUAGUUCCCAACGAGGGGCUUCGGCGGAUAUUCCUGCUUGCGGACGCAGGGCGCUCAAUCCUAGGUCUUUCGCCGUUGUUUCAAGAGCGGCAACUGGGUCCUUCUGGCAACAGCGGGGGCGACAGCGAGCUGCACCGUCUCGUACUACCUCAAUCUCUUCCUUUCAGUGUCUUGCACUACGAAAUUCGAAUUGCUUCCCCUCGGCUUCUCUUGCCAGCCGGAUGCAGACCAAACAGCAGAGUCAUUCUAUGGCCUCCUGUGGGCUGCACGAAGCGGGAAUCAUAUGGGUGUCGCGUGGCUUGUGAUGGCUCCUGCAGGACGACGAGUACAGCCGUCGGUGGAGGCCUUGCUACUUGCAAGAAGUGCAUAGAUUACUUAGCGGCUUCAGCGAGCUCAACGCAUGCCGGUGCACGUGAAAUUCUCUGUCUCUUAGACAGCUUCACAGUCUCAAACAGCUGGAGGCUCAGCAGGGGGCAUGGCAUUGUAGAGAGUAUCAAUGUCGAGUUUAAAGGCGCAAAGGCCUUUGCCAAGAUUGACGAGUUUUCACAGAGUUUGAACAAAUCGUGCAGCAAACCGGCACCAGCACCGGUAGAUAUACAUCGUAGGAAGGGAUUUGAAGCUCCGUAUUGGGGAGGCACGUGCCGCCGUUGCGCUCGCCGAGUUCCGUGGUUUGCUCGUUCAUCAACGGGGGGCUCAUGCAGUUCUCCUGCAUCCGCAGCAUCCGGCGAUUCAGAUGCAACCGCUACCACAGACUGCGGAAGAUACCUUUUUGGCAGCGCUGAUGUAGUUUUUCGCAUGUUUCGACCUGUUUUGCGGCUGUGCUCAUCCCGUUGGCUGCGAGUGGAGGCUGGACUGUUACCUGUGAUUCUCGACGUACAGACGCUGCGGCUUUUGUUCGAUAUCGUAGAGAACAAUAUUACAGCCAACGACCCAGACACUGCAGUAGAAAAUGCAGGGGCAUUGCUACCGGCGUGCAGUCCCACUCCGUGCAGUGGAGGGCUCCAUGCCAUGCACGUGAAACGGGGAACAGAAGAGCCUUCGGCGUCGAGAAGCGAUGCAAGCUUCCCCAUGCAUUCACCAGUUCCAAACGGCGCCUUUGGAAUUGCACCGCACAACUUGGAGGAAGAUCUACGUGGCCUUGUUCAAACAAUGCUGGGAAACCACAGACUACAGGGCCUGUUAGAGCCUCAGGUCGACUUUAUCGAGCUCUUGGAAGAGUGGGGGCACGAAACCCUGCUUCUGGAGCUCGUUGUUGAAGGUUUACAGCUCGCUCUUCGUGAACAACCGUUGAAGAAAGAGGUCCGCAAGUUGCGGAAGAAAUGUGGUGCCCUAAGACGAUGCAUCCGUGCUCUGGAACGCCGUCAAGGGCUACGGCCAAAUGAGAGCAACAUCAGUCAGUUUCCAGCUCAGGAAGGUGGAAGUCGAGUGCUCGCACUAGAUGGGCUCCGCAAGGCCUGCGUUCCCCAGCGAGAGCCUUUCCUACUUUUUCAUGCAACACGCCUAAGAGCACAACUCCGGUCUCUUCGGCUUGAGCCAGCACAAGCCGAGCAAGUCGGUUUGCUCUUGCCAACCGCAAGCCUAGCUCAUCCUUGGACUUCGUUCGUUAACAUUGUCAAGGGGCAGCCAAUUCUGGAGGAGGUGAGAACUUCGUCUUUAACGUCUCCUCCAGCUAUGGGGACCUUCAUUGGGAUGAGAAUCGGCUCCUGUAGCAUAUUUUCCCCAGAGUUUGCCCCUCCCUUUUCCGUGGUUUUUACGGAUGGCGCAAGCCCACUGGGUCUCUCGCAGCAGCAGUUGGAGCCGCUUGCAGACAGUGUUCGCCAAGCGGAACAGGAUGCGUUUGCAGCUGCCAUUGCCACUGCCAGAAUUGACGAAAGAUUAGCUGCUGAAGCGGGCUCAUCAUCAAGUUCAGGCCCAAAGGAGGAGGAGCAGAUGAAGCAGGCAGACGAGCAGCUAUCCGCUUGUUCACAACAACCGCCGGUUCAGGAAGAACACCUUCUAGUGGCCCCAUUUGCAGCUCCUUGGAUUGAGCCCUUGCAUCUGCAGGAUCCGGUUGAUGCUUCAUCAGGCGACGAACGUGAAACAGUCUCUGGAAAACCAGUAACAUCUGGUUCUGCUGGUUUUGCAGAAAGCGGGAAGCUCCCCUCGUUUGGGCCACGCGCAUCUGCUCGACGACCUGGCUCCUCAGAGGUGACUUCAGGUCCACCAGUCGAAAUGCCACCCUGCAGCAGAGACUAUGAAGUUGUCUUUCGCUGCUGCCUGCAGUAUAAGAAGCAGCAGAGAGGGGCGCAGCCAUGCGUUCCUGGGCUAUCGUUGGUCCCGCAGCCAUCAGAGCUGACGGUCAUGUAUAAGUCAGCCUCGGCAAUUCCAGUCAUACCGAUGAGUGACGGUUGCGUGCCCAGCCUUUCAAACCAACACAAGGGAAUGCCGGACGAAGUCACUGAGGUUCUUCGACGGCUGCUGCAUCAACGCCAGCACCGGCGGAAGCAGCAGCGUAUAGCAGUAUCGUCUACAGGACCUCGAUGUGUGUUGAAUUUGCCCCUUCUCUAUCGCAUCAGCGCCUUUUUAUCCAAUGACGAAGCCACUAGUGGGAAUGCGUUUAGUCCAACAGACGCACCCGGUGACAUAGCGACUGCAGUGAUGAAUCGUAGGGAGGGCUGGCCGUGUACAAGGAGGAUUAGGAGCGUGCCGGCUCUCUCAAGCCGUUCGAGCCACUUCCGCGGAAGACUAAUUGCGUCCAACAGAUAUGCAAGUCGUGGCAACAAUCAAUGGAAUCUUAAGCAGGGCCCGGCAUCGUGUUUGCCGCACGACGAGGAUACGAGGGAUCAUAAGCCGAAGCAAGGCAGCAGCAGCGAUUCAGCAGUGAGCAACCGAAUUAGCUGCUCACUGAAGUGUUCUAGACAGAAGGCGGCAUUGCGCUCAGGGACGCCUUCUGUUGAAGGAGAGCUUACCCAAUUUGGCAACAGAGCGCUUGCCCUCUGCUGCUCCUCCUUCGACUCGGCCAAACACUUUGCGGCAGGGCGUGGCGGCCGAUGCAGCAGCGAAGCCCUGCCGGAGCAUGUAGAAGAUGGUCCAACUGAUGCAGCCACCAGCGUGCAUGACUGCGAGACCAGUAGCAGACAGACUCACAAAGUUGGUGGCGAUCCUCUGCUGUUCCGCCGCAGUGCAUCUUCUAGAGAAACUGCUGCGGUGGCAACACCAAAAAGGCAAGAGCUCCCACCAUUGCAACUCAAGUCUAUGGAAGUAUCAGUGCGCUUAUCUGAGGCGUCAUUGCUACUGCCUGUGGACAGCAGAAGCUGUGAGAGCAGUUCAGUGCUACUUCAUGGAUCGGUCAAUCUGCAUCGGCGCGCGGAUGAUGUUCGGGAUCCCAUAGGGCCUCAAGGUUUAUCCGAAGAUGCAAAAUUGGCAGCGGGAGCGUACGAAAAUAUUCAAGGAGGUGGCAACAAGGGGAAAAAAGAGUCUUUUUGGGUAUGCGAAACUUCAAGUACCGCCGCAGCCGAGGAGGAGCGAACACCAGAACAGAUGCUGCAGCAAGAAGAAGCUUUCUGGAAAGGUACAACUAAGUUCCUCGGCAACAUUCCGGACAGAUUCUGCCCGGGAGUCCGAGGUUUUGAUGUUUUGCUGCAGAGCGCAGCGGUCACCUGCCUGCCUACCAGCGCGCCUUUACAACCCAUUUGUGGCAGUUCAGACGAUGUUUCUAACGGACGGAUAUACUUAGAUUUACGCAGCUCCAGACGUCUGCGAUGGGCUCGAGGCGGGCGCAAGUACACAGGCGCUCCACCCGAAGUAUCCGCGCGGAGGGACCUGGACGGGGUGAGUCGUAAGUUUUUGGUGUCAGAAGAGCUGAAGUCUGCUGCGGGACAGAGGGAUGUGGAAGCUCAUCUGAGGCGUGUGGGGCGUGCUACUCCGUCGAGCGAGGACCCUUCGGCCGCUGGAAGUACCCUAUCUCCCAAUUCCAAUGUCAAGAGCCAGGGCAAGUUUCACCCGAACGCCAAGGUACCUGGAUCAGCUGCACGCCAUGACGAGAGUUUGCUUAUCACAAACUCGGAGGCCAGCGUUACACAAUUUCACAGCAAUGCAAGGAGUAUCUGCAGUGGUUUGAGGGCGCAAAUUAGUCAUGCUUUCAUCCCGCCGGCUGCUCGUUGCCGUCGGCAAGAAAGCGACGUCUCACUAACCGUAUCUACUGCAGCUCGAAGAGGUAUUGGCGAUUCCUCCGGAAGCAGCUGUGAGGGCCAGCAGCAUCAAAACGUAGGAUACAGUCAUGAGAGUUGCUGCUGCUGCCUUAUUAAUGGAACGGAUUCCAAUGGCGGGCGAGUGGAUGAAGGACCUUGCGGGCUCCCGUGCGACUGCUGCUGCCACCAUCCACAGGAGUACACAGCUCUUCAAGCCUCCCCUUGCGAAUUGGAGUUGUCGUACCUGGAUUGUCUUUUGAUCUGGCGCUGUGCUGCUGAACAGAUGAUGCAGCUGGAACAACACCAGAAGAUGCAACAAGCGCAAGUGGCUAUGUUGCAGCGGCUUCUCCAUCGCAGCGCGGUUUUGGAACAACAGUUCUCCGUGAAACAGAGCCUCCUUCACAAGCAGUACACGGGUGACGAUCAGACACCGGCAUCACCCGCAUCAGCUUCGUUCCCGUUUACAUGCGCUGUCUCUCCACAAGCUCAGCGAUGGACCCAUAGGAGAUUAGUAUAUCCAAACGCAGCAGCAGCUUCUUCCCUUGCACAACAGGAGAGGGAAGUUACUCCAACAUAUCCCCGUCAGCGCCAUGUGUCUGCACGCUUGCCGCUACUGCGAGUUACCCUUCUUAACGACCACUUGGACUAUCUUCAAGCACCUCUUCUCCAGAUGCUGGUGCUUAACUGCAGGCUCUCUCAGGCCUGCUCUCUCUUGCCUCCUCAGGAUACGGAUACUACACCCUUGUGGGUGCAACAGCAGUCGCCAAAGCCGGAAUCCUCUUCUGUAAGCCUAUUAAACGCAUCACUGCGGCUGUGGGCCUUCAAUCCUCUUGCUGUUGCCUUCGAGCCCGUAGUGGAAUCCCUGCCUCUCUCGCUGGUUGUGCGGGAAGCGCCAUACUCAUUAAUGCGGUUCGCUUACAGCUCCUGCUGCGACGACGAUUCUCUAGCAUUAAGUGCGGGACACCGUGUCUUCGGAAGGUGGCAGCUGCAGCACAGGCCUUCGUGGUCAUCAUCGCCCUCGUCAGUCCAGGGGAGUAGCCAGGGGGCAUUGGUGGAGACGGCUCCAAGCCCAGCUUUUAAACCAUGGCAGCAAAUGAGCAGCAUCAACAGCAGCAUCUGCAGUACAAGCAGCACUGGGAAUGAUUCGGCUUGCCCUGUGGCUCCAGUUCGCUUCCAUUUUUCAAGAAGCUCUGCAGCUCGCGACGCUUGUGCUUUCGAAAGCCAGCAGGGUUCCAGCAGCAGCGAACAUGGCACGAAUGUUCCACUGGAAGGCCUGAGGAAGGAGCCGUUGCUGCGUCGCCACACCUCAGGCGAAGCUAGCAUGAACAGCAUGCAUCGGCAAGGAAGCCGAGCAUUUCUCCCGCAUUCAGGAACUGAAGGAACCGCGGAUGGUUGCAGCAGCGUCGAGUGCACAUCUACCACGGAUGCCGCAUCUUCCUCGAAGCGGUACGUGGGCAUUUUUGUGUCUUCCACGGAGGGAAGCAGCAUCGAAGCAAACUUAUCUCCUUUGCUUUUGCAGUCCGUCCUAGGGAGCCUUUGCAAAUGGCACCGCGACUUUGUCCACAACAUGCAACAGCAGCAGCAACAACGGCGACGGAAGAUAUGUCGCAGUGCCAGUCUCUGUGGCAAAGGCACUAGGUUGUCACAGGCGUGCCAGCAGCUGCUUCCAGGUUAUCAUCAGCAGAAACCGAUUCAGCUCCAAGAGAAGCUGCCAGGUUCGCCGAAUCAUAAGAAGAGUCAGUGUUCAGGGGGGCGCGAAGAGGAGCAUGGCGAAGCACCAGAAGUGAGCGACGGGCGGAAACAAAAUCUUGUUGCCGAUAACAUGAGCCUUCAGAGGCGCCCAUCUCGUUCCGUGGAUGCGUCGCCUAUUUGCCUCUCUCCUGUUCAGGACAGGUACGCGGAAAGGCGCCACAGCUUGUGCAGCUCACUGCCUGAAGUAACUGUAAUUGAUGGGCCUCUAGACCGACAGCUAGGUCAACAGGAGCCAAAGCCAUUUCGCGAGGCUGCGGCUCCGAAGCGGGGCAAGCAAUUCAUCCCGUACCAUGUUGUGAACCAGACGGGGCUGCACCUGGGAAUUUUGCUUCUACGCACACCAGCAGAGGUACGGGCGCCAGGCUCCGAGGGGCUAUCUGGAAGUAAUGCAACUCAUGCCACCGCAGCAGUUCAUUUGGGACUCCCUCCUACUCUAAGGCGAUGCAGGCGCCACAACAGAAACGUAGGGGCUUGCGAGCAAGACAGCAGCAGCGUUGAUAGCAAUAGCAGUACCAGUGAAGCAGAAGCUGGGCGCGCUUUAGCGGGAGUCCCCAUUCAUUGGGGCUUUGGAUUGCCUUUACAGACAGUGCCUCGUGGAUCUCGUGGAUCCGCAGGCACCGCAGCAAAUGCGAGCGAUAAAGAGACGCUGUCUUGCCCCUCAUCACCCUCCUCUGCUAGUGAAAAACCAACUCGCUUUAAGGCGUGGAAAAAUUCUGCAAGCUGGGACUGGCUCAAGCCUUCGGAGGAAAAGGCGCUGACGCAGAUGAGGGUUCCCAUUGGCACAGCUUCAACCGCUCAUGUUGCACUACAGCUCGCCAAGCAGCCCAUCCGAGAGAUUGCUGCAGAAGGGCCGUUGGUGACGAAUACUGGGAGGUGGAGCGGCGCUGAACGUGACGUCCAUGCAGAUGGUUCCUCCAGGCGGUGGAGGCUACGCAUGCCAGUACCACUUGAUCGAGUUGGCGUGUACAUCCAGCCUCUAGCUGACGUGAAGACAGCAGGCACACAGAAGCAGAAAGUUCCCUUUGUUGUCUGCCGGCUCAUUGUCGACACAGGAACCAAACAGCUCCUGGUGCAGUCACAAGUGGUGUUGCGCAGCUCUUGCAGCGUUCCACUUCAAGUCAUGCUGCUUUCUUCUCUUGAAACCGCUAGCCAUGGGCCGCAGAAGAAGCACCCACUCCCGGAGGACAGCGAAGAGUCGGAGAGGCUAAGUGGCCUUCUCUUAAAGCCAGGGAAAAGCUUGGCUAUUCCCGUAGACUUGUGCUUUACAGGAAGAUUACGAAUUCGGCCUGUGCAGGCUGGCAAGACAUACAGCUGGUCCAGGGAUCUAAGCCUUGGCAUGCUGUGGCAGGCUGUCGACGGGGCAGAACAACAGAAGCCCACUGGAGGUGGGGAACCUGACAAGGCUGAGCAGGGUGCUUCCAGACGGAGCCUUCCCAACUCAAUGUGUUGCUUGAAGCUCCUUUACGGCUUGCCAGUAAUAUCCCAUUUCCGAUACCGUAUUCACUGUCCGCUGGCCCUGAAAGCUGGAGAGGAUCCACCAGGAGACUCGGAGGGUCUGCUUCAGCUAAACGAGUGGCAGCACGUACAUUCUUUCCCCUUAGCAGGGGUGGCCUUCCUUUCUAUCUCGCUAGCAGAUGGUCAGUGGUCGAAACGAACUCAAGUCCAUCCAAGACCCCUACAGCGAAGGCGCCCUCCACCAACUGCUCCGAAUGCAACCGUUGCCGGAGCAUCAGCAGCUUUGGCGCCUCCUACAGGGGGAGGUCAGGCCCCGGCGGACUGUCUCACGGGAGGAGCCCCUGACGCUGGGAAACUAGAAUCUUCAGGGGGUACGGUAACGGGAGAAACCAUUGUGGAGGUCGAAUGCUUUGACAGCAAAUAUCGUUCUGCCAAGAUAUGGGUUAUCUUUUGUGACUCCAGCGGUGGCACGUGCUUGCUGCUCCAUUCGCCCGUAUGGCUUGUGUCGCACAUCCAGUGGGCAUUACAAAGGCAGUGGCUGAAGCAGCCGCAGCAGCAAGGCCAGGACAACCCUGCAGAACCACAGGAUAAGAGGCUGCCUGUUGUUGAAUACAGCGUCAUCCGUCGCAGCAAUCCGGCAGAGUUAGGGUGGGCAAUGCAGGCAGUUUCAGCAGCCGCUGCGGCAGUCGACCUUAACAGGGAUGCAGAACAGCCAAAACCCUCUAGGCUCCCGAACUUCACAUGUCGUAGCGGCCUUAGGAAGGACUGCAGCGGAGAAAUUCGACUACUUGAUUUUGGCUUUUUGGACAUCUGGAAAGACUUUCCCAGGAUGCUGAGCGUGUCAGCCUCGUGCACCGAGGAUUUAAGCGCAGGCUCAAGAGACAAAUCAACCGUGUAUCAAGGCAGCAGAACGGAGCACACAAGCGGCACGCCUUCCAGCCUUUGCGAAGGAGGGCCUUCGCUUGGCAGUGCAAUGGGGGGCCCGUGCUUGGACAUUGUUGCUACAAUGUCCGAAGCUCCUCUGCCGCUUUUACGUCCCGUCCUGUUAUUGACAUUCUCCCCUAUGUACACUAUAACUAGUCAGUGUCCUUUCCCUAUCAGAGUGCGGCAAGCUCGGUCAGGCUGCCCCUGCAGUGACGGGAGGAGUGCCGAUUGCGGAAUUGUUGACUUCACGCUGCAGAUACAGCCCCAUCACACCGAAGCUUUGGUUUGGCAGUUUAAGGAGGGCAGUCGAGCAAUACAGCUGCAGGGGUCGAUGCCCACUUUAUGCUGGCUCCAAGGGGGAUGCAAACGCGGAGCCUCGACGCACCUUGACAGCGGGCCCACCGAAGUAGUGUGGAGCGCAUGGUCAGGCUACUCUUCCUUGUGCCUACCUGGGGAGGAUUGGUGUCUUCGCCUACCAUCUGCGCCUUCGACGUUACCAAGGACUACACUAGAGACAGUGGCGACCCACAGGAGCGGCUCCAGCUGCUCUGAAUCAUCGCUGCAAUUCGGCGAGUGCGAUUUUGAGGAAAAGGGGCACCUACACGAGAACUCUCAAGGAGAACUAUAUCCGAUGCCAGCAAUCGAGCCACAAGAGCUUCUAGGCGCCCUUUUGCGUCGGGGAGUCUCUGUUCAGAUCUGUGGAAGUCAGCCCGCAAAGUGGCACCUGUCGGAACGGUUUACAAGGCGAGCUUUUUCGACUGCUUGGUGCUCGGCCUUGCGCUUAGGGUCAGCAGAGGGUCCAGCCAACACUCUCAACUUGACAGUCCAGAUGGAAACCUUUGAUAUGAGGGAUACGGUUUCAAUUUGCAACGGCACGCCGUUGCCUUUAUUGCUGCGCCAGUGUCGCCACAGUGACACUCAAGCAGGCAAAGGAGCUGACCCAGAGAGCUGCCAGGAAUCUGCGGUGGCUCAGAAACUUGGUUUGACCGACGCUGCGGCCUUUGGUAUGGACUCUGUUGCUGCAGCUGUGGCAGAGCUGUGGGGAGCAGCCAAGCAUGGCGAAAGAUUGCAGCAACACCAACGGAACCUUGACAAGGGGGAUAGCUUUGUUCACCAUGACCGUGGCAGUGUGGGGUGGCACAGUAGGUCGACGCAACUUCUCAACAUGCUAUUGGAGGCUCAGAAAUGCGCAGAACAACAGCGGAGAACCAGGAAGCCGACUGGCGCUUUCCCCUUCCACUCUUCCGAGGCCGUUUACAUUUCCGCCGCUCCCCAUGAAGAAGGCACUCAUCUGCAGUUGGACCGGUUAGCUCGCGUUGCCAGCGCUGCUGCUGCGCAAAAAGCAAAGGAGCAGCCGCAGCAUCAGACUGGCAAGGACAGCACUUCCAAUGCUUGCUGUUGGUGCAGUUUUGAGUCUGCAGUGUCCGAGGAGUUAUGCGCAAUGCAGAAAGAGGCGCUGGAAGGGACUGUGAGUGGCGCGGGUGACUCAGUACCCUCGAACUUGGCGCUUCUACCUCAGCUCGUGCUUCCAGGAGAGACUGUACUGUUUACUUGGGAUGACUACCGAUGCUUGCCGUGUAUUGAGCUCACCUACUUUCCGUGGUUGCAGCAGCACAACGAGGAGAGAAGUUCAGUCAUUACGAAGAAAUCUGGUGCCAGCAGGUUUUGCAAAGCAGUUUCCCCUGUAACGGAGUAUCCUUCGUUCGACACGCCCUUUGUUGUUUGCAUUCCUCUCCGUCCGGAUGUAUGCGGCGUUGUGCCACUCUCGCCGUUACCCUCUUCCCACUGGCUACUAUUCAGAGUCGUUCGCCGUGCUGGAAGACUGCUGCUGCAUAUCGCUCCCGCUGGAGAAGUAUUGGGGGUGACAAAUUCGUCUCCGCACAGCCAGGCUGGGCGCACCCAUCCUGAUAAUAUAUGCCAGCUGGACAGUAAGAGUUCUCAUGUGUCCGAUUGGUCAAAAGCUACAAAUGCACAGGCCGGGAGCCCCAUGCUAGCAUGGGCUGAGGCGGAUACCGAAAAAGUGUCCGCGUCACGGGAUGACGUUGACGUACACUCUUUACUUCUCGUCCCCCGUUACUUCCAGCUGCCCAUGGUGAACAUGGACCUAACCGCGGGAUGUUCUCGUAGCAGGGAAACCAGCAGUGGCAGCAUUGGGCGUGUUCCCCCUUGGUCAUUUGCAUCCAUGUGCAAAUUUGCUGGGACAGUUGUGGGAUCGUACGCGUCUGACCGAAAGGCUAAGCCAGCUGCUGUACAGGCUAGUAAACCUGCCAAGAGUGACUCAAAGGGCGGUGAUGCCGCUAGUAGGAUGCUUCCCGUGCAGCCAACCCCUGAUCCCCCGACGUUUGAACUUCGCAUUCAGAUUCCGCGUUUGCAGUUUUCUGUAUUAUCACAGGGAGCAGUUGUUGAUCCACUGUCUCGUCAGAUAGAUUCGAUGCACUCCCAGGCGUACUACCCAGUGCUUCUUCAAAGGGCCCCUCCCAUGCCUAGCGAGGCCGGUUCAACCACUGAAAGCAACAUCAUUCAGGUCUCUCGAACAGCAGGUUCCACACGCACGAACAGAGAAGAAGGGGACACCCGCAGCGGAGAGUCUCACGUUUCGGCUUCUAAUUCAAAGGACGGCGGCGCCCUAGUUGAGUUCUUGCUGCAACAGAGACAACCAUUUAAUGGUAGCCGUGGGGACCGGGUUGUUGUGGUCGACAAGUGUAGCCUGGCUCUGAAGCCAGUGAGCGUCCGGACUGAUUUAAAGAGCCUCUACAUGGCAUCUGAUGCGUUGAGUUGCUGGCGCUCUGCCUGGGCUGCUGCCACCACAUCUAUGAGCCGGCAUAAUCCCGAAAUGGCAUCAUGCAUUCCAGCGUCUUGUAACCAUCAGCGAGGGCCUGAGAGACCUUCCACGGGAAAUAUAAAACCGUCGGCUUUGCACAGAGGAGGCAUCUUGCCAGACGAUAAGGAUCUAGAGUACCACUAUGCUACCCAGUGCGGCUUAGCCUGGGCGUGCAAAGGCUGCAAGGCUUGCCAGUCCCCCUUCUCUCUCUUCGUAUCCCAUAUCGCCGGCACAGGCUUGGUCCUUCUCCCUACUCCGCUGGCCGUACAUCCAUGGGUGUUCAAGCCAAAGAAACCCACUGUCCAGGAACCCAUUCACACGUUCAGCCAGCAGCGGGAGCAGCGCUACAUUUUUCGGGUGCUCACGGUAGCAAAGACAUGCGUUGUGCUCUCGUUCAAGGCGGACACAGGGGGCAAUAGUAGCGCACUGCGCCGGUCAGUCGUGACUCUCUCGUCACUCGAAGAUGCGCGGUUUGACGUGGAUGGGCUGCAUAUGACAAGCCGAGAACUAGUGGCCCAGCUCAAAGAUUUGCACGAGCAACAGCGGCUGCAUCUGCACCAGGAGAGCCCUCUCCUCACAAAAUUGACAGAGCACCACAGGCAUCCAGCUCUCGCGUUGAGAGAUGUCGCGAGGGUGGCAGGGAAUUUUUACCAGCAACAGCUUCUAUCACGCCUAUCCAAGCUUCUGGUUUCGGUCGAUCUUCUAGGCAACCCUGCUCUGUCUUUUGCGCACCUCCAGGCAGGUGUGUACGCACUGGCCAAGCAGCCAAUUGAGGCUGCUGAGACUGGUGGGGAUGUUUUCGAAGGGAUGAUGAGGGGGGCAGAAGAUUUUCUGAAGCACACUGGGUAUGGCUUUUUCGGGGGCAUCAGUCGAAUGGCAGGGGUGGCCUCGGACUCGCUUGGAGCGCUGGCUUGUGACGAAGUUUAUGUGCACACCAGAAAGCAGCAUGGCAGGCACAAGGCGCGUAACGUGGAGGAGGGCCUCCAGCAGGGGGUCGAGGCCCUUGGCCGGGCUCUCGCUGGUGGUUUCACAGGCCUUGUGGAAGAACCGGUAAGGGGAGCUGCUGAAGGUGGAUUUGAGGGACUGUUGCGCGGGGCUGGCAGAGGCAUUGCGGGUUUCCUUGUCAAGCCAUUGACAGGAGUGCUGGAUUUAGCACACAAAACCGCCGAAGCCAUAAAGGAUGCCUCUCAAGUUGAAGGUCGCCAGCGUCCGAGAUUCCGGCUACCGCGCCUUCUCCUCGGGGAUUUCCGCUUGCUGGUUGCAUACGAUGCCGAAGCAGCUGAAGCGAAAGCAAUUUUAACAGAUGCGGAGGGGCAAUAUUGGGAGAACUUGCCAGUGCUAUUUUUCGCCCUAGACCGCCGCCUUCAAACUCUUACUGUUCUCACAGCUAGCAACAUUUUGCUUUUCAAGUACUAUUCGCGGAACCAUGCUGAGCUUCGGUUCCUUGCUCCGAUCUCGUGUUUGCUGGCUGUUGGCCACUGCAGCACGCCAAACAGCAGCAUCAGUAGCCCCAGCAACAGAAACAGCAAGAUUCGAUCCUCCAGCUUUAUGGACCGUCAUGCUUUGGUACUGCAACUUCGUCAAGAGGGGGAAUCGGGAGUUUACUACCAGCAGCUGUUGUAUUCGAGUGCUCGGCUGCAAGGGCACAUUCUGAAUUCCUUGAGACUCCUGCUGCUUCAGUGA